AUGGACAAUUUGAAUGAAGAGAAAAGUGAUAGCGACAAUUCUGAAGAUCAAGACAGUGGUUCAGAAACAGAAGAUCACGAAAGUCGAACAUCGGAAGAUAAUGACGACAUUGAUGUAGAAAAUCUUAAAUUAAAUGAUGAUUCUAUCAUGAAAACUUCAUAUAGUUCCAGAUCUGAUAAUUUAAAAACAUGUUAUAUUACAGGACAUAAUAUUACCAUCGAUGAACAAUUGUUACCAUUUAGAGGAAAAUGUCCUUUUCGUCAGUUUAUCCCCAAAAAACCUGAUAAAUAUGGGUUAAAGCUCUGGUUAUGUGUUGAUGUAGAUUCAUAUUAUACAUUCAAUGCAUUUCCUUACAUCGGACGACAACCGGAUCAGCGAAGGCAAUCACACAUAGUUGCCAAAGUAGUUUUAGAACUGCUCGAAUCACUUUAUGGCUCGGAUAGGAACGUGACAAUGGAUAAAUUUUUUCCAAGCGUUCCAUUAGCUAGAGAACUGCAAAUGAAAAAGAUUACUCUUAUUGGUACAUUACGAAAGAAUAAACCAGAAUUACCUUUAGAAUUUCAAUCAAAUAAAAAUCGUGAAGCUGACUCUUCGCUUUUUGGUUUUGAAAACGACUUAACUUUAGUUUCAUAUGUACCAAAACAUCACAAAGCAGUCUUAUUGUUGCCUUCGAAACAUCAUGAUAAUUAG